AUGGAGGAUGCCGUUAAUAAGUUUUUUCGUCAUGAUCGCACUGCCGCGCAAGAUCAAGGAAACCCUCUCAGCGCAAAGCGCCUCAAGCUCAGCACUGCACCAGUUAAGAGCAACAGAGACAGCUACGAGGAAGCCAAGGUAGCAUUAUCUCAUGAAGGCUCGGAUUCGGAAUCAGAUGUGCUCGAAAAUCGCCGCGCUGGCGAUGAGAGCGCGGGCAGCCAUGCGCUACCUUCACCAGUACUUUCACCAAUGACGCGCGACGUGUGUCGGCCACACAGCAAAAAGCACAGAUUUCUCGACAAGUUUCGCUCAUACCCGUUUCAAAUCUCACCAGGGCCGAGUAUUGACGCGGCCUUCGACACAAUGCGCACGAGACCAUUAGCCAGAGACAUCUUCAAAGCGCGACGGCGGGCUGCCUCACGUCAGGCGCCAAAACGGCCUGGGAGGUCACGGCUGCCCAUGCCUGUGAGAUUUGCAGACCGGGUGGAGAGGCCAGCGCGUUCUAAGCCGGCUAGUCUAGUCGCAGAUGAACUUACUGAUUUCAAAAAUCUUUCUCUCGAGACGGAACCCAUAGUUUCAAGAGCAGCGGAGAAGAGAUUUGCCGAUCGACUUCUCUCUGUAUCGGAGACAUACGGCUAUGUGCCAAGCUAUUCAAAAACGCGCGAUGAAGCUCCGGUCAACCACGAUGACCAAAUCGAUGCCAUUCUGGGUGGAAAGCAGCUAUGGCAACUUGAGCUCAGCACCGCGGUAGAAGAGAGCAUCCAGGCGCAGCGCAAGACGCAGAUCUCCGAUGUACAAAUAACACGCGACUACAUCACAAAUCUACAGCUUCACGGCGUUCGUGCUCCUUGCCGUCCAUUGUUGCUCUCGUUGUCCGAUCAUAUGUGCAAACGAACUAUCAGCACCGUGCAUGCAAAUCCAGAUGCCGUGCUUGCAAAAGCGGCUGAUUCAACCCCGCUGCGCCGCCAUGACUUUCGCAAGGUCAUACCGAAAACGGAGUGGCUUAACGAUGAGAUUGUCAAUGGAGUUUUGUCCUGGCUGGACCAGGCGGUCAAUCACAUUGGCGGCGUCGACGACCCCAAGACGCAAACCAGGAAAUGCCUGAUCAUGACAUCAUUUUAUUAUAAGCAAAUUAAAACGGCCUGCAAAAAUACCCAGAGAACGCUGAAGCGAAAGGGAAUCACGAAAGAUAAUUUGCUCGAGGUCAACACGAUUUUGCUACCAAUCUGCGAGCACUCUCAUUGGACGUUGAUGGUCAUUAACCCGUCGAAGAAGACGGUGGCUCAUGUCGAUUCAUUAAAUCCGCGCGGGACAAAAACGGUCGUAGACCUUGCUUUGAGGUGGAUGAAGGACGCAUUGGAUGAAAGGUUUGUGUCCGAAGAGUGGUCAACGAUCAAGUAUGACCACCCCGCGCAGACGAACGGGUACGACUGCGGUGUACACACGAUAUGUAACGCAAUCUGCCUUGCUGUUGGAGUCGACCCAUCUGAGGCUUAUAAAGCUGCGGAAAUGCCUGCACUGCGACUGCAAAUGUCGGCGGUACUGGUGAAUGGCGGAUUUAACGGCGAGCUGGAUCUCUUGGGAUUUUGA